AUGAACGUGACGUUGUCUAUGAUGCAGAUCAAAACAUUAAUCAGGUCGUUCCUACUUCGGGUUUGUAUGGAAAUUAGCCAUUAUAGCCCGCCCCUCGAGCCACUUGGGAAAGUGUUUACAAGAGUAUAAAUGGCUGUACUGAUGGUGCGAAAAGUUAGAAGAGUUAGGAGAAUUGAACUUGGGAAAAAUCUACAACAAUGGAGCGCAGUUCAUUGAUUUUUCUGAUCCUUUCAUGCUCUUUUUGUUACGUUGUUGCAUUUUCACCGAAACAAGAGGUGUGUCUACUUCAAGUAGAUGAGGGACCUUGCAAGGUAUAUAUCCAACGUUACUACUACAAUACUUUCACUCAACAAUGCGAAGAGUUUGUCUAUGGAGGGUGCAAUGGGAAUGCAAACAACUUCAAGAGUUUUCUGGCGUGUCAGAAAGCAUGUUUUAGAAUACCAAAGGUCCCCCAGAUCUGCACGUACCAGAAAGAGGCGGGUCGCUGUGAGGCCUAUAUCCCGAGCUACUUCUUCAACAUGACCACCAUGCAGUCUACUCCUGUGCUCUGCCUGGAUCCCCUGGAUAAAGGAGGAUGUGCUGCAUCUAUACCGCGCUACUACUACAACUCAGCCUCCAGGAUGUGUGAGCAGUUCAUCUAUUCAGGUUGUGGAGGAAGCAGCAACAACUUUAUAUCCAGACAAAGCUGCAUGGACAUCUGUGCUAAAGCUGGGAAACCAUGGAUAAGCAGAAAAACAGGCAGAAGAGCAGGCAUGAUGAGAACAACUUCCAAAAACCGUAUUAGAAUAAAGCCUAAUAACAAUAUUAAAUGGUCAACAAUUUGAUUCAGUGAUUUUAUUCAAAGGGGCACAUGAAUUGACUAUAAUUGAACUAUCAUUGACAUGUUGAAUUGUAUUUUUCUUACUGCACCAUAAUUGACUUGCUACUUGCACUGCCUUGUCUGUAAUGGUUCAUUGUGAUGCAUAGUUGAAAAUAGCAAACCAAUCAAUCAAAUGUGAAUCGACCUACACCAGCAGUAUUUUUGCUGAGUACGUUUCUCAAGACAGUUUGUAUUGUAGUAUACAUUUACCAUGGCAACUAUCAUACAAUGUAAAAAUAUAUUUUUAUAGAAUUUGUUUAAUGUAUUUUAGAUUUUUUUUUAAAUAUUUUAACAGUUUACAGUUUUCCACCAUUUAUGAUGAAGUUAUACUGAGGCACUGUUUAAAUUGUUAAGCAAUAUUAGCUAAAUAAUUUAUGUAUUGUUUUGUGUUUUCAACAUAGUACAUUUUAACAAAAACCUUUGCUUAACUUUAUAUUAAGUUUUCACACCAUGACAUAAUGGAUAUAAUAAAAUAACUCAAGACAUUUUUGUCUGUACACUA